GAGCCGUAGCACUGAAGAAUCUUGAAAUAAAAGAAAAUGCAUUGAGUCAGCUGGAUGUGCCGUUUAAAGUUAAAGCAGGACAUAUCAGUCAACUUAACCUACAGAUACCAUGGCAAAACCUUUAUACUCAACCUGUUGAGGCAGUUCUUGAUGGAGUUUAUUUGCUUAUUGUGCCCACAGCCAGCAUAAAAUAUGAUGCUGAAAAAGAAGCCAGGCAGCUCUUGGAAGCAAGACAAAGGGAAUUGCAAAGGAUAGAAGAAGCAAAGCAAAAAAUAGCUGACCAAGAUAAAGUAAAAGAAGAGAAACAAGACACUUUUGUAGAAAAACUAGUCACUCAGGUUAUCAAAAAUCUUCAGGUGAAAAUUUCCAACAUCCAUAUUCGCUAUGAAGAUGAUAUCACAAAUCGGAAUAACCCCUUGUCAUUUGGGAUUUCACUGCAGAAUUUAAGUUUGCAGACGUCGGAUAAGAAUUGGAAUCCAUGUUUACAUGAUGAAACUGCAAAGUUGUUCUACAAGCUUGUACGACUGGAUAACCUUUUUGCUUACUGGAAUGUGAAAUCGGAGAUGUUCUACCAUGGUGGUUGUGAUGAAUCGUUGGUUAACUUAAAACAGGGCAUUGCCAGCCACAACGUAGUUCCAGAGGGUUAUGAUUUUGUAUUCCGCCCAAUUUCAGCUAGAGCCAAACUCCUUAUGAAUCCUCGAUCUGAUGUUGACUUUUCAUCACCGAAAAUGGAUUUAGAUGUAAAUUUACAGGAUAUAACUGUUGAAUUCAAUAAGCCACAGUAUUUCAGUGUAAUGGAGCUUCUUGAGUCUAUUGAUAUGAUGACGCGAAAUCUGCCAUACAGGAAGUACAGACCUGAUGUUCCAUUGCACAACAAUGCCAAGACGUGGUGGAAAUAUGUUAUUUAUGGCAUCCUUGAAGUAAAUGUUCAACCUAAGCUCCAAAUGUGGUCAUGGGAACAUAUUCGGCACCAUAGGAAACAAGUGAAGAACUAUAAAGAGAUGUAUAAAACAAAGAUAACGUCAAAAAAACCUAAUGAAGAAAUCUUAAAAUUGUUAGAGGAAUUCGAAAAGGCCUUGGAUAUUUUUAACAUCACUCUAGCAAGGCAACAAGCAGAAGUUGAGGCAACUAAAGCUGGAUUAAAAAUCUACAGACCAGGAGUAAAACAAGAUGAUGAAAAUUCUGGUGGCUGGUUUAGUUGGAUAUGGAGCUGGUCAGGUGAAAAAAAGGAUGAACAAAAACAAGAAGUAAAGGGUUCAAGUCUUGAAGAGUUGAUGACACCUGAAGAGAAGGCUAAACUUUAUGCAGCAAUUGGAUACAGUGAAACAGCUGUGGAUCCAACACUUCCAAAAUCGUAUGAAGCCAUGAAGUUCUCUGUGAAGUUACUAAGCAUGUCUAUAUCAAUAAGAGAAAACAAGCAAACUCCUGAGCUGGUAGAAUUUGCAUUAACUGGCUUGAGUACAGUAUUUACCCAACGACCAGGUGCACAAGCAAUAAGAUUUGAAACCAAAAUUACCUCACUUGAAGUUACAGGCAUGUCCCGAGAAAAAUGUACACCCCGUCUCCUAUCUUCUCGAACGGUCUACACGGACAAGAGUACCUCACUCCUAAGCAUAAUGUUUGAGACUAAUCCUUUGGAUGAGAAAGCAGAUCAGAGGCUUAGAAUAGAAUCACAGCCACUGGAAAUAGUAUAUGAUGCAAUGACAAUAAAUAGCUUAGUGGAUUUCUUCAGGCCUCCGAAAGAUGUACAUUUAGAGCAAUUGACAUCAGCAACUCUGAUGAAGCUUGAAGAGUUCCGUGAAAAAACAUCAACAGGAUUGUUGUAUGUUAUUGAAACCCAGAAAGUUCUUGACCUCAAAAUUAACCUCAUGGCUUCAUACAUCAUUGUUCCACAAAAAGGAUUCUAUGACAGUACGUCAAACUUAAUACUUCUGGAUCUUGGUAGUCUUAAGAUGAAAAGCAAAAGUCGUUCUGAUUUAUCAGAACUCAAAGUAGGACACAGCACUAUUGAGGAUAUAAUGUCAAGAGCUUAUGACAGUUUUGAUAUCCAGCUCAGCAGUAUACAGUUACUGUACAGCAAACAUGAUGAAAACUGGCAAGAGGCUCGGAAACUGAAAUGUUCAUCUCAACAUAUCUUGCAGCCCUUGGAUGUAAAAGUGGAGUUUAGCAGGGCUAUGGUUGUUACAGAUGCAAGAAUGCCCAA